AUGUCCGGCUCCUACGACGAGGCCUCCCUGGCUCCGGAGGAUUCCACCGACAGCUUCUGGGAGGUGGGGAACUACAAGCGGACAGUGAAGCGCAUCGAUGACGGGCACCGCCUGUGCAACGACCUGAUGAGCUGCGUGCAGGAGCGCGCCAAGAUCGAGAAGGCCUACGCGCAGCAGCUCACCGACUGGGCCAAGCGCUGGCGCCAGCUCAUUGAGAAAGGCCCGCAGUACGGCAGCCUGGAGCGGGCCUGGGGGGCCAUCAUGACGGAGGCGGACAAGGUGAGCGAGCUGCACCAGGAGGUGAAGAACAACCUGCUGAACGAGGACCUGGAGAAGGUCAAGAACUGGCAGAAGGACGCCUACCACAAGCAGAUCAUGGGCGGCUUCAAGGAGACCAAGGAGGCUGAGGACGGCUUCCGCAAGGCCCAGAAGCCCUGGGCCAAGAAGAUGAAGGAGCUGGAGGCAGCCAAGAAGGCCUACCACCUGGCCUGCAAGGAGGAGAAGCUGGCCGUGACCCGGGAGAUGAACAGCAAGUCGGAGCAGUCGGUCACGCCCGAGCAGCAGAAGAAGCUGCAGGACAAAGUGGACAAGUGCAAGCAGGACGUGCAGAAGACGCAGGAGAAGUACGAGAAGGUGCUGGAUGAGGUGGGCAAGACCACCCCGCAGUACAUGGAGGGCAUGGAGCAGGUGUUCGAGCAGUGCCAGCAGUUUGAGGAGAAGCGGCUGGUCUUCCUCAAGGAGGUGCUGCUGGACAUCAAACGCCACCUCAACCUGGCCGAGAGCAGCAGCUACGUCCACGUGUACCGGGAGCUGGAGCAGGUCAUUCGGGGGGCGGACGCGCAGGAGGAUCUGCGGUGGUUCCGCAGUACCAGCGGCCCCGGCAUGCCCAUGAACUGGCCCCAGUUUGAGGAGUGGAACCCAGACCUCCCUCACGCCGCCGCCAAGAAGGAGAAGCAGCCCAAGAAGGCCGAGGGGGCGGCGCUGAGCAACGCGGCUGGGGUGCUGGAGUCCGCGUCCCAGGCCGGCGACCGAGGCAGCGUCAGCAGCUAUGACCGGGGCCAGCCCUACGUCACCGAGUGGUCGGACGAUGAGAGCGGGAACGCGUUUGGGGGCAGCGAGGCCAACGGGGGCGCCAACCCCUUCGAGGACGACGCCAAGGGCGUGCGCGUGCGGGCCCUCUACGACUACGACGGCCAGGAGCAGGACGAGCUCAGCUUCAAGGCCGGCGAUGAGCUCACCAAGCUGGGCGAGGAGGACGAGCAGGGCUGGUGCCGCGGGCGGCUGGACAGCGGGCAGUUUGGCCUCUAUCCCGCCAACUACGUGGAGGCCAUCUAG